AUUCAUACAGAUCAGGUAAGAGAAAAAACAUGGGACAUCAGACCAACAAGCAGAUCAUAUUGAAGAACUACGUUAAUGGGUUCCCUACAGAAUCGGAUAUGGAAGUCAGGAAUGGGGCUAUCCAAUUGAAGCUUCCAGAAGGUUCGAAUGGGGUUCUGGUGAAGAAUCUCUACCUCUCCUGCGAUCCCUAUAUGCGAAACCGCAUGUCCAACAUCAAAGGAAGCUAUAUCGAUUCCUUCACCCCUGGUUCUACCAUUACGGGAUUUGGUGUGUCCAAAGUCAUAGAAUCAGGUCGGGCUGACCUGAAUAAGGACGACCUGGUCUGGGGACUUACCGGAUGGGAAGAGUACAGUCUCAUCACUGCCCCCGAGACACUAAUCAAGAUCCAACACACCCACGACGUCCCUCUUUCUUACUAUACUGGAAUCCUCGGAUUGCCUGGUUUGACUGCAUAUGUUGGUUUCUAUGAUAUAUGCUCCCCAAAGAAGGGAGACACUGUUUUCGUAUCCGCUGCGUCUGGUGCUGUCGGUCAGCUCGUCGGCCAAUUCGCUAAGUCGUUCGGGUGUUACGUUGUCGGAAGUGCAGGCUCCGAUGAAAAGGUGAAUCUAUUGAAGAACAAGUUUGGUUUUGAUGAUGGCUUUAACUAUAAAGAAGAACAUGAUCUUGAUGCAGCUUUCAAAAGGUACUUUCCUAAUGGUAUCGAUAUUUAUUUUGACCAUGUGGGAGGAAAGAUGCUUGAUGCUGUGUUAGCAAAUAUGAGGCUAAAUGGUAGAAUCGCAAUAUGUGGAAUGAUCUCACAAUACAACCUCGAGAAGUCUGAAGGUGUACAUAACCUGAUGGAGCUUGUAGCCAAACGAAUCCAAAUGAAAGGGUUUCUAAUACUUGACUCCUACCAUUUGUAUCCAAAGUAUUUGGAGACAAUUCUUCCGCUCAUAAGAGAAGGAAAAAUUGUUUACGUGGAAGAUAUUGACGAAGGUUUGGAGAACGCUCCAAAGGCUCUUAUUGGUCUAUUUCAUGGCCGCAAUGUUGGAAAGCAAGUUGUUGUUGUCGCUAGAAAAUAAUGAAAAUUUAAAAUAAAACUUUGUAAGGCAUGUUGAGGUCAUUUGAUGUUAUUAUCUCAUUCCUUUUCAUUGAUCUAUUUAGUAAUAUGUGUUUAUGACUAGUUUAUUACAUGUACUUAAAAACAAACUCUAUUUGUUAUGUAAUUUAUA